AUGUCAGUCAGCAGGAAGAACUGGGCCGCGCUGUCCAGCCUGGCCAGGCAGUGGACCCUGGAGGAUGACGAGGAACAGGAACGGGAACGGCGGCGGCGACACCGGAACCUGAGCUCCACCACGGACGACGAGGUGGCCCAGCCUGCCCAGGAUGGAGCCCCGGCAGCCCCAGAGAGACUGCCGAGCGUGGAGGAAAUGGAGGUCUCCCCCCGACCACCCCUAGACCCCAGAGGUGAGGACGAGGACGGGCGGGCCGUCCUCAGGGCACGGCAGGAGCGGAGGCAGAAGCCGCGGGAGGCGGAGGUCGCGCGGGCCCCCGUCCGGGAGCAGCUGGUCGCAGAGGAGGAGGACGGCGUGGGCACCGGGCAGGCCAGGCAGCUGCCCCUGGCGCCCGAGGAGGAGCUGGGGUUGCUGCCUUGCCGGAGCCCGAGCCGGGAGCAGCGGAGCUCCUGGGUCCGGGAGGAGGAGAGCUUGGUGGGCAGGGAGCCGGGAUGCAGCAGGAAGGGGGGCUCAGAGAAGCCCUCUGCGCCAGAGAAGACAUUAGCGCCUGCAAAGAGCCUGGACGCCAAGGAAAUCUCCGCCUCCGGGAAGACCCCCAGCCCUGAGAAAGUGUCUGUGUCCCAGAAGAUCGCAGUGUUGGAGAAAAGAACCAUCUUGGGAAAGAGGUUGGUUCUGGAAAAAACAAGUGUCUUGGAGAAGCUGCCGUCCCCAGGGAAGACGUCGGACUCAGAAAAGAGACUGACGUCUGAGAAAGCAGCAGUCUUUGAGAAGACCCCGGCCCCUGAGAGGCGGCUGGCCCCAGCGAGGGCGGCGGCCCCAGGGCAGCCCCAGGCCCAGGAGCAGCCAGCCUCUGCGCGGAGCCCGUCCACCCCUAAGGGGCAGGGGAGGGCCGGCCCCGAGCAGGAGCCCCCGUCCUCGGCGGGGCUGCGGGAGCUGGGGGCAGAGCGUCCGGCUGUGACUUGCCACCUCCCACCCAUCACUCUCCAGAUGAAAACCCCUAGCGAGGAGGACGAGGCGGACACACCCUCGCCCACCCAGGCCACCUACAGCAGCUCCCUGAAGCGCGCCAGCCCCAGGACCAUCUCCUUUCGGAUGAGCCUCCGGAGAGACCACUCAGAGGCAGCCUUAACCCGCAGCACCAGCAUGAGGCUCCCGGCCAGCUCCUCCACACUGGGCCAGAAGCUGGAGAGAUACCACACAGCUGUACAGAGAUCAGGGUCAGUCAGGUCUCCGGGCCCCUCCCGCGCUGAGUUCUUGGUGGCUCCCGUGGACGUCGCCAGCAAGCGCCACCUCUUUGAGAAGGAGCUGGUGGGUCAGGGCCGAGAAGGACCAGCCUCCAGCCGGAGGGAGGACUUCCGGCUCUCAGGGGUUGUGACAUCGAGGCUCAACCUGUGGAUCAGCAGGACCCAGGAGUCAGGAGACGGGGACCCGCAGGAGGUGCAGAAAGAGUCGGCAGCCGCCAGGAGGAUCCAGUGGAGGAAGAAAGCAGACCCCUCCCUGGAUGCCGAGGUGAGGCUGGGCUGUCCCAACCUGGGGAACGCUGGCUGCACCCUCCGCUGGCUUCGCUUCCCCACAGCUGUGCAAGCCCCUACCCCCCUCAACCAGCAGAUCUGGGGCCUCUGGCCCAGUGUGGUGGAUCUUGGGCUCCAGCGCCAGCCUGGGCACAGCACGACUCUCGUCCGCACCUCAGGCCUCAGCGUCCCGUCCAGAGAUGGCUCUUCCUCCCAGUCCCUUCCAGGGUCAGGGGCGCCGUCCUGCAAGAAACCCCGGGUCCCUGCCUGGUCCGAGCCCAGCAGGUGUCUCCGUGUACCUCUCAGAGGCCUGUGCACCCGCUUCGGCCAGGCUGGAAGCAUCGCACUGUCUUCCUUGGCCCCGUCCCCUGCUUUGUUCCCCCUCACAUCCCCACCUGCUGCUCUGGCCAAGCCAUCCUGUGCUCCCCUCCCCCUGUUCUCAGGAAAGAGCUGA